AUGAAGACGAUCCAGUUUGUGUUUGUUUGGUUAUCGUUGGCAAUUGUUACCAGUGAAACGAUUCAUUUCACCAACUCUGCUAAACAUUUAUCGCUGAGAAAUUAUACCACCUACGAGGUGGAAGUGCCGGGAUCGAAACCGAUCACUAUAAUCGAAGCAAAUCCGAUAAAAACAAACGAAAUUCCAUCGAGGCCACCUGCUAUCUUUAUUCAAACACGGAAUGCAGCGGGCGCGAGUGUCCAUGAUCAUGCUCAUGUGGUCAUCAAUAAUGGUUUAAGGUCAACCCCAACGAAGAAAACUUUGUACUCACCAGAGCUGUUGAAUAAGUUUCUGAAGGAAUAUUCGGAGAAACUGAAGAAUGCUGAUUCCAUUACAAAGCAAAAGCUGAACGAGAUAACUAUGAUCAACAACAGUAAACAGUUUGAAAAACAAAACUACGAUCUAAACAGUGAAAAUCAAACUGUUGAAGCACACGAAAGACAUGCAAGUGGUAGCAAGCUGUAUGGAGACAUCCUGAAAACACACCCAUGGAACUCCAAGGAUGGUUGGGUAACGAUGCAAGCUGUACCUUGGUCGGAAAGCAAGGUUUCCAAGUGGCAGAGUACUUCAAACAAGUUCAACGAUAAUCACCACCACCAACAGCCCUAUCAUGGAAGCUUUCAAUUAAUCGAUAACGAAAGUGAGGAAUCGAUUUCUAGACCAAAACCAUCUUAUGCAGCAACCUCGCCGGCGUCUUCGAGCUAUCACGGAAACGAUGAUAGUGACGAAUACAGCGAUAAUUCGUUCGCAUCAAGUCGUCCCAGUUAUGCUGUUGCUAUCGAGAAACCAUCGAAACCAGCUUUUGAAUCAUUUUACAACAGAAGAUAUAAACCCUCUGAGGAUUACCGUCGUAAAUAUUCGUCACAAAAUUCUGACUACAAUGGAGAUGCAUGGUACGAUCAUGGAUUCAAGAAAACUCCGCAACAACACACCGAUAUCAUUACUGACGGUCGGAGACCCUACUUUCCGCAGGAUAACUUUUCCCGGCCGCAACCAACAACAACAGAUCGCAACCUGCCACACUCCUACCCCGAAAGGGGGAGCGGCGAAUGGGUGCUAGUGUCGACGAACAAAGGAUACCAAUAUCCCCGUAGACAGGGUCAACGUGCGAUCACCUUCUCUCCCACCGCCCUAUCACACAAAUCAGUGAAACUCACAGUUCUUCCAAUGAAAAAUACCAAGGAUAUGACAACCUCCCACAAUGGACUGAUCGAGGUGUCCGCCUCGAAGCAAACCGUGGAGCAAUCGUACAAUAACAAGAUCGCUGCCCCACACAAUCACAGCUCGACGGAUCCGCUUCCGCACCGCAAACGGCGCGUAAUUCCACAGUUCUCGCUGAUGCGUCGAGACAGCCUCCAGGACAGUUCCGCCAUAUUGGCGGCAGUCAGUGCUGGGAUGGUUCCCGCAACGCUUGCCGUAGUGGCCCCCAUGGUGCUAGGUAGAAAGCGACGGUCGGUAACCAAUGAGGAGGACCUUCACGGGACAGCCUUCAUUCCCGCCACAUUAGAAUAG